UAUACAAUCGAUAUCUUUUACAAUGGCUCCAACUGGAAAAACGAGUGGUAAAGCCGUGAAAAAAUCCGGCAAAGCCCAAAAGAACAUUACCAAGGGUGACAAGAAAAAGCGUGGAAAGAAAAGGAAGGAAUCCUACGCUAUUUACAUCUAUAAAGUUUUAAAGCAAGUUCACCCAGACACCGGAGUUUCCAGUAAAGCUAUGAGCAUCAUGAACAGCUUCGUUAAUGAUAUUUUCGAACGUAUUGCUGCUGAGGCAUCGCGUCUGGCUCACUACAACAAGAGGUCUACCAUCACCUCUCGGGAGAUCCAGACUGCUGUCAGGCUUCUGCUUCCCGGUGAACUCGCCAAGCACGCUGUCUCUGAAGGAACCAAGGCGGUCACCAAGUAUACCAGCUCUAAAACACCGACUCUCUAAAGGUUAAGAUAUUGUAACUGAAUAUUCAUAUAAAUGAAAGGUGAGCGCGCGAAACAGGCUUGACGACCCUA